UGCUGGGCAAACGUCCUCUGACGAAAACGCAUUUGGUAUUCGAAGAAUAGAAGCAAAAAAGCUGCGGUCUUAUUUUUUGAACCAAUAUUCCAUCGAUUUCGACGAGUUUUCUAUGAACCCCUGUGAAAUUCAGGUCGUGGCUAACAAAAUCUCCUUUUGGCGUUUGGGUGACAAAGUACAAGUGCAGUGACCCUUAUGCACAAUGCAAAUAUGACUAUUGUGUCAAAAAAUUCAAAUUAAGAACGAAUCAGACUUCCUCCGAUAUCGUCAAGCACCUCAAAACAAAUCGUAAGUCUGACUACGAAAAGUUUUAUGCGAAAGUUCAUGACCGUACGAGCUCGAAGAAUGUCGCACACUUCGACCGGAAGCCCUUCAGUUUAUGCAGAAGCUUGAUUGAAUUUUUCAAUUAUAAGACGACACUAAUGAAAGAGCUCAAUCUCUUUGUUGAUCUACUACUACCAUUUAGUAUAGUAGAGUCGCGAAACUUUCGCGAGUUUUGUCGCUUCAUCGUUGGUAAGAGAUGUGAAUCUUUAACCAUUUCUCGAAAAACGUUAGUUAAAGAGAUGGAAAACCACUAUGAGAACUUCGAGGACCAGAUGAGGUUAACACUUGAAGGAACUUCAAAAGUCAAUGUUUUGCUGGAUAUAUGGACUUCUGCUUCGAGUGAAAGUUAUUUGGCAAUAUUUACGCGACGUCAAUGCUUCCUGCUCCACUGGUAAGUGCGUGGCCGAAGCUUUAUUUGAUACUCUAAAUCAAUACUCAUUGAAGAAUAAAGUAGCGAGUAUCACAUUUGAUAAUGCAACGAAUAACACGUCCAUGCUGAACCAAUUUAGCCUGAAUUGAUGGGAGAUGGAGUCGAUGCAGUGGGAGGAAUUGUGAAGAUUCAGUGUAUGAACUAUAUGUUAAACAUCAUUUUCAAAGCGAUCAUAGAAAGGUUCGAGGAGCUUAAUCCGGGGCUUGUAGCCCGAAUUGAUGACUCAACAUUGAAAAUCAAAUCCAAUGUAUUUUUGAAUUAGUACUUCAAAAAGUAUUCUCUAAAAAUUAUACCAAGGCAUAAUGAGACGAGAUAUGUGUCAGGAGACAGCCAAUUUUCCGUUUUCCUCGCACAAAUCAGCGCUUUCAAGAAAUUGUGUUUGAAUAAUCACAGUUACAAGCGAUUUCAAUUGAAAAGAGAAGAUAAUGUUCUAUUUGUUUAUCAAGCAGAUGAGGUAAUGCCUCUGAUACUAUUUUUGAGCUUGACAAAGAUUUUCUCUGAGCUAAGCACGACAAUGCAAGAUUAUUCAGUGAAUAAUUUGCCAAAGGGGGUACACUACUUACUAUACGCAGCUUCAUUUGUUCUUUGAGGCUUGUACGAAUAUUAUCAAAGGGGAUACGACAUCUGCAACUUUAGAACUUGCUGAACUCAAAAUGAAGGACCUUGAGGAGGUAAGCGAUACUUGCAAAAUGGAUAUAUUGGCCGCAAUCAUCUUCUCAAGGCCAUUGUUCGAUAAGUAUUACUCUCUUACAGCUUCACAGACAGCCUACUGGGUGGCGCACGCUCUAAGGCCUGACAUGUAAAUACCGUCUCUGUCGAGAAUAUUAGAUCCUGAUUUGGCGCAAGACGUGUUGACCAAAGUCUCGAAUUAUAUCGACUUUUACCUUAGCUGGCACAAAACUCGGGCGUUUUCAAAAUCAAAGAAAGCCAAUACAAAAGAUUCGCAUGUUCCUACCAAAACACCAAGAAAAAGGUUUGAAAUGCUCGAUGAGUUCGAGGAGAGAUUAAGUCGUGGUCAAGUUUUAUCUGACUGGGAUGUCUACAACAGAGAAGCCAUUGAUUCUUCUCAAGGU